AUGUCGUUGAAAAGAGCUCGAAGAGAGGAAUACGAAUUUAUGAAUAUUGAAGUUUUGGUGCUAUUGAAUGGUGAUUGCAAGGCCAAGGUCUCUAUUACCAGGCCACGGGACGAACCUACGAAUAACCUUGAUAUUGAAUCAAUUGAUGCAUUGGCAGAAGCCAUAAAUGGAUAUAAAGGCGGAGUUAUUGUAGUUACGCACGACGAAAGACUUAUUAGAGAAACCGAUUGUGCCUUAUAUGUGAUAGAAGAUAGAACGAUAAAUGAGGUGGAUGGAGAUUUCGAUGACUAUAGAAAGGAAUUAUUAGAAAGUCUGGGUGAAGUAGUGAAUAAUCCAAGUAUUGCCGCUAAUGCAGCAGUAUCAUAAAAGAAUAUCACAAUAUACAUAAAUGCUGCAUAUUACUUCCAAUUCUAUUAUGUAUAUUGCGCUUUGUAAAU